AGCAAAGCAAUAAUAAGAAACAAACACUCACAAAGCAGAACUAGUUACUAAAUCUGAAUCUGUAAAAUACGUUACUGGACUUAAGGAACUUUGGACUUCCUUUCAGUUUCUUUUUUUUUUUCAACGCAUAAAGCCUUUCAAUAAAAUCUGCUUCUGUGAAUAUAAUUUUUUUUACUCCAUAAAAGAUUAAGAGUUUUUUUUCUGAUACGGCGUUCAAAAAGGAAAGUAAAAAAAAAAAACUAUUGUAAUUGAAAACCAUCGCCCGAGUUUAUAAUUUAAAUGAAUGACAAUUGAAUGAAAAUUAUACGGAGCAAAACAACAACAACAUCAAAAGGAAAACAAAAACAGCCUAGUGUAAAGCGAAGUUGAAAAUUAAAACAAAAACCAUAUAUGAUGCAUAAAGAAAACCAUGGCAAAAAUGAUAAUAAAUCGCUCGUUGUCAUCAUUGUCGCCUUUUAAUCGUUGAGAGUCUCUCCGCGCCUUUAUUUAUCUACAAAUGAUUGCAUAUAUAUACACCAUUCAUUCAAUCGUGAGUGCGAGUUGCUGCAAAAAAAAAGCCAAAAACAUUUUAACGAGUUAAAAAUAGUCGUAAAUGCUUAGAGCAAAACUAAUAGAUUUUAAAUUGCUCCAUUUUUCGUGAAUUGGUGGUUUCUUUUGCCAUUUACUUCUUUAGUUUAUGGGCGCCUCUCUAGUGUAAACACAUUUAUUUAUGUGUGCGAGUGUGUAUGUAUGUAGUUGACUUCGUUUUGGGGGGUUUGCAAAAAAAAAGAUCGUUAACAAAACGCCCCUUGCCUUACGCCCACUAAAAAAAAAAAAACAACAGCGGCAACGACAACGACAAAAAAAACCGCAACGAUCUUUCACUCUUCGUGCAAAUAUCGUCGUCGUCAUCAUCAUCAUCGCGCCAUCACACCAUCAUCAUCAACAGCCAACAAGCAAGCAACAACAAUAGACCGCAAAGCCGCUUAUUUAACGCCACCACCGCCGCACCAUAGCCGCUUAUUUUUUUAUGUUUAGUUUUGUGUGUUUGUUUCUAUUUUUCGUCGUUAUUUUGUCUUGCCAAAGCAAAUUAAUAUUCAAAUCGAGUUCUUGAUUAUUGCUGGCAGGCUAUUUUUUUGCCAAGUUAUUUUUUCGGUGUGUUUGUGUGCUCGUCACACCGCAUAAGUGUAUUCAGUCAAUGUUCAAAGAAAACCAGCAACAAAACAAACCAAAAACAAACGAUUCAAAGAAAAGCUUAACAAACCUACUACAAACUUAUUUGCCUUUGCGUAUACAUACAUAAAUUCCAAGAAUCAAAAGUUGAGAUACACUCAAACAAAAAUGUCCUAGAAAAGCCAAAAUAAACACAAAAUCAAAAACAAAGUACUUUUAAAGAAACUUUUUGAAUUUGUUGUUGGCAUCCCCUUGCCUUUGUAGUGCCAAAGAAUCCUAACAAUCAUGGAUUAUCUGUACAUUGUGAAUGCUUUCAAACAACAGCAACAACAAUUUUUGCUACAUCAGCAUCAAUUGCAACAACAACUACAAAAUCACGGCUCAGCUUCAACGACAAAUCCCUUGUCUUUGCAACAGCAACACGAUAAUACUAAUAUGGCCAAUAGUUUACUAUGGCAACCUUGGCGUGAUUUGCAACAGGCAGCCGCUGUGCAUCAUCAUUUAUACAGACAACAACAACAACAACAGCAGCAGCAACAAAUGCAACAACAACAAAAAGGCUCGCCUUCUUGGCACCGAGAAAAACGGCUGCGUACCGGUGAAUACCAUCAUUCAUCAGCCCACCAUCACCACUCGUCAUCAGCAGGUUCAUCGACCAGCAGUGUAAGAGCUGCCUCGCCCAGCUCAUCUCCGCCACCCAUGGCCCAUGGACAAGUCUCCCCAAAUGCGGUUAACGCCAACUCAAACCAAUUGCACUCGAAUGCCCAUCAAAUAUCCAUGAUGAUGGCCGCCGCGGCCGCUGUGGGAAUGCGACCUCUUUGUGAAACCACAAAUAGGCAUUCGCCACCACCCGCUCCCACCUCUCACAAUCUCAACAACAUGCAUGCUUUGGCGGGAAUUGUUCACUCUGAAGGCUUGCAACCAGUGUCUGGCCCUGAAAUGGAUGAAGCCCCUUUAGAUAUGUCCGUUUCGAGUAGCCAAAAACAAAGAAACUCACCACCGCCACCUUACCGUGAGCCAUUGCCAGGCUCACAAUUUGUUCCGUCAUUGCCACGUCCUAGUGUUAUAACUCAAGCUCCACCAAAACGCGACAUCAGGGACAGUGCUCUGAUUGCCAAUAGGGAAAAUGACAAUCGUAGCUCAGAAUCAAUUGAUGAACACUUCCGUCGCUCCUUGGGAAAUGACUAUUUUGCCUUGUUCGCGAAGAAAUCGCCCACCAACCAAACAACGAAAACACCUUCACCUCAACCGCAACAGCCGCCAACGGCUCAUGUGCGAACACCUCCACCAAUAACUGGGCCGCCACUGCACACACCACCCCCUGGGCAAUGCACAUUAGUUCCUCCACCUCCUGCGUAUCCCAACAUUUUACCACAGGCCCAUCAGCAGCAGUCGCAUGCCCUGAUGGCGGCGCGCAUCAAAGCUGUUCCAGAAAUAGUGGGCCAUAUGUGUGAGCCAAAUUCUCCACCGCUACCAUUGGUUGUGCGGGCACCUCUGCAGCCGCAGCAACAGCCUUUAGCCCUACAAAGAACGACGUCCGUGACGUUGCAAACGCCAUUACAAUCACCACAAUCGCCUACCUUGAAAGUGGUCCCAGCUCAAUCGCCCAUCUCCAGCACGGCCGGUUCUCGAACAGCUUCACCAUUGCCGCCCAAUAAUUCUCAGCCAACCACGGCGAUGUCACUGUCACGUUUUACAUCUGUUGAGAAUUCGCCAAGCUCAUCGCCUCGCCACACGCCUCCAGUUACCAAUGUCGCUGCACCAAAUGCCUCACCCACUCUGCCGGCCAUAAUGCGAAUAAAAACGGAACCUGGUUUGCAAACCAUCAAAGCUCACAAUCCCACACCACCAGCAUCGCCCACCAGUACAACGAAUCCCAACAUUUUGCUAACCGGCAAUAGUAACACUGCCCCCUCAUCGCCCUCACCGUCUUCCUCCUCAACGGCUACCAUAAAAACGAAUACGUCUUCCACAACUACGGGCGGAAAUAGUAGCGCUGAGGUGCUGGCUUCUGUCGACGACCAUUUCGCCAAAGCUCUGGGUGAUACCUGGAAGAGGCUGCAAGAGAGCAAAGAAAUGCGAAAGUAAACUAGCUAGCUAGCUAUCAUCUAAAAACCGCCAGAGUGAUUUGGAGUGAUAUUUUCUAAGAAGUGAUAUUUGUUGGAGAAAAAGAUAAAACAAACAAACAAUGAACACACAACAGCACCACGGGCACUCAGAGAAGCGAAAACUCUAAGUUUUUUGCCUUGCAUUCUGAACUAUAAGUUAACUUCAAUAAUCUAGAGCCUCCUCCUACCUAAAUGUAGCGCAACACUGUACACAUAUGAGUAUACAACAUCGUCUGUUGGCGACGACUAAAAUAAACAACAAAAACAAGAAUCAUUUAAAUUUUUAUAAAAGAUCUCAAACGUAUGAUUUGUUUCGAUUAAAUAGUUUUUAGAGUUUACCCUUCUUUUGUAUUUGUAUGCUUUCUAAUAAUUUUAUUCAACCUCUAAUACCUUCUAUCUACUACCUGUAUUUAUUAUUACUAUUAUUUUUAGUAUCCAGAACAUAUGUACAUACAUACAUAAACACAUGUAUGUAUACAUUAUAUAGAAAAUAUAUGGUAAUACCACACUAUGGAAUAAAUUCUAAGAGUAUUAAUGCAUGAACGAUAAAAUCAUCGAUGGGCAGGUGAAAAAAGUUUAGGUUUCGCAUAACCGAAUCAAAUAACCUUGAAUAUCAUUAAAUUUAAGUUUUGACAAUCCCUCCCUUCCCCAAUUUGUUUUCUCUUCACCCCUCCGCCCUACCCCUUUAGUAGCCCAGGAAAGUGUUUUGUAUUUUAGCAAAAUACUUGUUCACUUACGCGCGUUUCCCACGCACGCACAUUCACACACACACACACACACACACACUGUCCUGUUAUACGCCCUGUUCUAAUUGUAUGUUUUAUAUUGUAAGGAAUUAACUCAUGAUCUUAUAAAUUUUAUUUGCAAGUAAUCAAUAUUCUCCUGAAUUUCUGUUAAGUAUUAAGUAUUUUUUUCUUGUGUGUAAUAUUUAAAUUCAUGCUGAAUUCCUAUUAUUUACUUAACAAAGAGAAGAAGGUAAAUUUGUUUAGUUUAAGAGUUUUAACUUCUUUGUAAUGAAAAACAAAACAGAAACACAGACACAGACAAAAUAAAGUAUAAAACAAAACAUGUUCA